AUGGCUAUAGAUGAAAGCAUGAUAAAAUUUAAAGGCAGAAGUUACCUCAAGCAGUACAUGCCAAAGAAACCUGUAAAGCGGGGAUAUAAGGUGUGGAUGUUGUGUGCGAGUUCAGGAUAUUGUCUAAAAUUUGACGUUUAUACCGGAAAGGCUGAAAAAGUUGAAAAGAAUUUGGGCGCUAGAGUGGUGUUAGAUUUCACACAAGAUUUACAAAGUAAAACCUACAAGUUUUACUUCGACAACUAUUUUAAUAGUUAUGUGUUACAACAUGAACUUAAGUUGAGAAAAAUAAUGGCCUGUGGCACAGUAAAUAAUACAAGAAAGUUUUUACCGGAAUUGAAAGAAGAUAACGCUAUGAUAAGAGGUGAUUUUGAUUGGCGCAUGAGUAAUGAGAAUAUAUUAUAUUUGAAGUGGAAGGAUGAUAGGACAGUAUAUUUCUUAUCAAAUAUGCAUGAUCCAAAUGAUGUUGAUAUAGCCCAAAGAAGAGAAAAGGACGGCUCUUUUAUAGACAUACCUUGUCCUAAACUGCUGAAGGACUACAAUUCAAAUAUGAAUUUUGUGGAUAAGUUCGACCAACUAAAAGAAAAUUAUGGUUUAGAUAGGCGGUCUACUAAGUGA